AUGUCGCUGGGUCUGCCGGUGGCAGCCACUGUCAACUGUGCUGAUAACACUGGUGCCAAGAACCUCUACAUAAUCUCCGUGAAGGUAAUCAAGGGGCGCCUGAACAGGCUCCCUUCUACCUGCAUUGAUGACAUGGUUAUGGCCACUGUCAAGAAGGGAAAGCCACACCUGAGGAAGAAAGUCAUGCCGGCUGUCAUUGUGAGACAGCAUAAGCCAUGGCACCGAAAGGAUAGUGUCUUCAUGUACUUUGAAGGUACUGCCAAGUUCUUAUGA